AUGGAAGGCUGUUCAUCUGGCCCACAAGUGCAGGGAAAAAGCAGGCAGUUCCGAGGUUUCAAAACCAAGUCAAAAAAGUUUGGUGGCUACUGUAAGGAAGAAGUGUACCCGUGCGUGAAGAGCGGCCUUAGCACUGCGGCAGCCAAAACAAAAACCACUGGAAUAAAGUUUGGUGGCGUCUGUAAGCGAAAAGUGUACCCGUGCGUGAAGAGCGGCCUUAGCACUGCGGCAGCCAAAACCAAAAGCACUGGAAUAAAGUUUGGUGGCUUCUGUAAGCGAAAAGUGUACCCGCGCGUGAAGAGCGGCCUUAGCACUGCGGCAGCCAAAACCAAAACCACUGGAAUAAAGUUUGGUGGCUACUGCAAGGAAGAAGUGUACCCGCGCGUGAAGAGCGGCCUUAGCACUGCGGCAGCCAAAACAAAAACCACUGGAAUAAAGUUUGGUGGCUAUUGUAAGGAAGAAGUGUACCCGCGCGUGAAGAGCGGCCUUAGCACUGCGGCAGCCAAAACCAAAAGCACUGGAAUAAAGUUUGGUGGCUACUGUAAGGAAGAAGUGUACCCGCGCGUGAAGAGUGGCCUUAGCACUGCGGCAGGCAAAACCAAAACCACUGGAAUAAAGGUAAGCAGAACAACCACAAUUAGAGUUAAGCAGAACCGGAAGGAGUUCAAAAGUUCGUCAGAAUCCUGA